GUUAGGGUUUUGGGAGAAGCGAAAAAACACCGAGCCUCUUCUUAUUUAAGUUUUCUCUUGCUUGCAUUCCUCUUCUGGGAGGACUGAGGAGGCACCUUCGCACUUGCUUCAGCUCUAACUCCUGAUUCCAUAUUUCUGCCCCGAAAAUACUCAGAGUGUUCGAUUGCAUCUGCAUGUACUUCUGUUGUGCACUGAAGUUGUAGGUGACUGACAAAGCACAGAGAUAUUCUACUGGUUUCAGCUAGGAGACACCCAGAUGGCACAGUGGGGUACUCGUCGGCGAAUUGUCUUCCUUGGAAGACACGAUGGAAAUAAACCUCAACUUUCAUCCGGCAGCAGUUAUUCAACACAUGAAGUGAAAGCUGUGAAAACUGAACCCCUGGAGGUACCAGAGAUCAAGAAGAGGAAGCGCCUUAGCCUCAGUGAACUGAAAGAGAAGGAAGCAUUACUUUGUACGAAGAGGCCAACUAGUUCCAAGGUUAUGACAAAGAAGUGUAGUAAUGUGAUUGAAAGAUGGACAGUUGAAAGGUAUAAGCAAGCAGAGCAAGCUAUACUGGAAAUUUUGAAGGCUGAAGAUGCAACUUUUGGAAACCCAAUUUCCAGGAGCGACUUGAGGAUGGCAGCUCGUAAGCGGAUUGGUGAUACUGGGCUGCUCGAUCACUUACUGAAGCACCUUGAUGGUAAAGUGGCACCAGGUGGGAACGAGCGGUUUCGGCGGUGGUUCAACACCAGCGGAAGAAUGGAGUACUGGUUGGAGAGUGAUGACCUGGCUAAUAUACGGCAGGAGGCUGGGGUGCAUGAUCCUUACUGGAUUCCAACGUCUAGGUUGAUGCCAGGUGGUGGCCCCUUUGAUGAUUCUGUUUCUGCUGGAGAACUGAAGCUACUCAAGGCAGAAGUAGAUAAAAUGAAGAGUGAUAUACAGGAGCUGCUUUUAUCCCAGAAGCAAGAGAAAGACCAAGCCAACCAGGAGAGGCUCGAGGAUUUGGCAAAAUGGAAAGCUCAGUCUGAGCAAAGCUUGAAAGUGAUUUUAGGUUCUUGGAAGGGUAUGCAGGACAAUUUUGAGGAAUUAAUGACAUGGAAGGAUAAAGUCGAGCAACAGCUAGUGGAAAUUACAAAUGUUUUGAAUAAUAUGCAAGGACCAAAGCAAUACACUGUCACCAAGACUGAAGCAUCUGAGCAAUGGGAAGAUUGGCUAGAGAGCACCAACCUUGACGGUUUUCAGGGAAAUAAACUUGUGCCGUGGUUUGAGAGCAACAGUCUGGUUAAUUCUGAGGAAGAAUUUAUAAUCCAAGAUCCCUGCUUAGGCCUACGGCUUAGAUCAAAGCAUGGUGAUAGCUCAUCUCAGGACCCUUUUUGCAAAGUCAAGGAAGAUAAGGCUGAAAUGGAGAGAAACAGAGAUGUGUGUGAGCUGUUACUGGAGAAGCAAAGUGGAUAUCAAGCUAAUGUGACCCCUGAUUCUUCUGCUACUGCAAAUUCAAAGUCGGAUCUUGACAAUCUGGUUGUGUUUCAGGAAAUGUUUCAGGAGCUGUUUAAUUGGAAGUAUAUAACAGAGCAGAAGCUGAGUGAGAUAUCAAAUACCGUGAAUGUCAUGAAGCAGAAUUCAAAACUAUUGACUCCUCCAGCCCCUCACGUACCAGAAGAUGGAACUCACUGUAUGGAAUAUCAUCCUUGUUUCAUGUUUUAGGAUGAUUCUAGACUAGCAAGAACCAUAGGAUUUAGAUGUUGUAUAGCAUUCACGAAGCUGCUGCCUGAAAUCACCGUUCUAGCUACUAAACCAGUGAGAUCCCGCUUCUAACCUACAUGUUGAGUCAGAACCCCUUCUAAGUAUUGCUCCUUUAAUUUAAUUCCAAUCUUAAGUUAAAUGUGGCGCAAAUGUUAAUAUACCGCUGAUGGUAAUAUAUAGGUUUAGACCGUUUUCUUAGGAUGCACUUUAUCUUUUGAAUGACACGGCAAAUGAAAUGAUCCACAGCCACAGGUGGACAUACUUAUGUAAUGUGUUUAGGUUAUGACAUUGCGACAGCUGAUAUGAAGCGUAUUUACAAGGU